AUGAUCAGGGGGAUCAUGGACGUCGUUUCGCCGUUCCUGUACGAGGCUUUUGUGGAAUCUGUCAACGAUAAGUGGACGCUAGGCAUGAUUGUGUGUUCGGGGCAUGCGUUCCAAAACUUUCCGUACGCCCGAUACGCAACGGAUGUCAUAUUCCAGCAGACUAAUAAGCCCGCCGGCAACAUGAACGAGAUCAAUCCCUACUACAGCGGUAAACACCACCUGUAUGGCUACAAAGUGGAAGUUUCAGUGCUUCGGAAUGGCUUUGACGUCAACUGCACUGAUCACACAGGAGGGAGUACGCACGACGCCGCCAUUUUCAAGGAUAAUGUCGCCUUUCACGCACGAGCAAUGCGUAAACAAGAAGACAAUCACAAGGGCUAUCAGGGAAUGACACGGGAGUGCCGUGCAAUCCACCCGGUGAAAAGCAAGCGGUUGCAGCCGCUGUCUUUGGAUGACGCCUGCUAUAAUGACAAGCUCGCUCGUGACCACGUCAUCGUCGAUAAUUUCUUUGGAAGACUUACGCCCUGGGGUAUCUGCUCUGACAAGUGGAGGUUCGACGAGGUGUCCUACGAUCUCUACUUCCGUGCAUGUGUGGCCCUUACCAACGUUCAUGUGCGGCUACGACCACUUCGCGGUGACGACGGCAAAGACUACAGCAAGUACGACGCUCGUUUGUGUGAGAUUGGCUCAAAGCUUCUGGAAAAACAAAAGAAAAAGCGAAAGCGCUACCAAACUAACCGUGCGGCAAGACUUCGUACGGCAUAUCGCUGUCGAACGAGCUAUUACAGCUCGGUUUCGGUGAGGUCCGAGGAUGUAGACAGCGAUGCUGAAACCCGGUUGUGA